UGAGCUCCAUGCCCGACUGUCUGAGCUCCAUGCCCGGCUGUGUGAGCUCCAUGCCCGACUGUCUGAGCUCCAUGCCCGGCCUACUGCUCUCCUUCAGCAGACGGUCUGAGCGUCUGAGAUGUCGGGUAAGAAGAAGAAUAAGAAGACCGGUGUUCCUGACCGGUGGCUGGACUACGCUCCUGUCGGCUGCAGGAUCCCAGGGACUCGAUUCAUCGCCUUCAAAGUGCCUUUAAAACCGUCUCUGAACUGUCUAGUCCCAGAGUCCGACUCCUUCGGUCUGUGGCAGCUGCUGGACUCGGUGCGGAGUCAGGACCAGGACUUGGGUCUGAUCAUCGACCUGACCUUCACCACUAGGUACUACCAACCGUCCGACAUCCCGCAGUCCUGCUGCUACGUUAAGAUCCGCACAGAGGGUCACCGCGUGCCCGCCGACGCCGACAUCCUGAGCUUCAAACGGGCUGUGACUCACUUCCUGGACCAGAACCACGACAACGAUAAGCUGAUCGGAGUCCACUGCACACACGGUCUGAACCGCACCGGGUACCUGGUCUGCAGGUACCUCAUCGACGUGGACGGGUUGGAACCUGCCGCCGCCGUGGAGCUCUUCAACGCCUGCAGGGGGCAUCGCAUCGAGAGGAAGAACUACCUGCUGGACCUGAAGCGAGGCGCCAAGAGGAGCAACGCCGGCAUCCAGCAGCCGGAGGAGGAGCCAAUCAGAGGGCUCGCUGUGAAGCCGCCGCCAGGACCGGCCCAGAGACCACCUUGCCCCGCCCAGCAAUCACCCUCAGGCUCCGCCCAGAGACCACCAGGCCCCGCCCAGAAAUCAGCGUCAGGCCCUGCCCAGAGACCACCAGGCCCCGCCCAGAGACCACCAGGCCCCGCCCAGAGACCGCCAGGCCCUGCCCAGAGACCGCCAGGCCCUGCCCAGAGACCACCAGGCCCUGCUCAGAGACCGCCAGGCCCUGCCCAGAGACCACCAGGCCCCGCCCAGAGACCACCAGGCCCUGCCCAGAAAUCACCGCUAGGCCCCGCCCAGAGACCAUCAGCCCCCGCCCAGAUACCACCAGGCCCCGCCCCCGCAAAGACACCACCUGACACCUCAAAGGAGUCGUUGACACCAGGUGAGAAUCGACCACCUGGUAACCGCCGUCGCCGUGGAGCUCGGCAUCGUCGGGGCAACAAGCCUCAGCAGGGCAGCCUACCACCUGCCCCCCCACUGCCCGCCUACCAGUGGAGCCCCGCCCCCUCAUGAUGCCCCUCUGCGGUUACCAUGGUAACUGCAGGCAUGGUUUGAGCUCCAGCUGAUGUUUCU